UCAGGUCUGCCGCGGUUCUUGUCAGCCGUCCAUGCUGCCAGAGGAAAAACGUCAGAGGUUUAAGGACAGCAACUGAAAGUCCAAGCUAUGAUGACGCUGCAAAGGAACAAGUCCGAAUGGAGGCCUGGCAUGGUGCUGUGCUGGUUUCUGCUCUGGAUCAGUCUGCAACAAAACUCCCUGCACCGGGUGUCAGCCGUCAACCUGCGGCGCUUCAUCGGCUGCGCAGUCCGGGAGUUCACUUUCCUGGCCAAGAAGCCUGGCUGCGGGGGCCUGCACAUCACCACGGACGCCUGCUGGGGGCGCUGUGAGACCUGGGAGAAACCUAUCCUUGACCCGCCCUACGUUGAGUCGCACCAGCGGGUUUGUACGUACAACGAGACCCGUCUGGUCACUGUGAAACUGCCAAACUGUCAACGGAACGUCGACCCGACGUACACCUACCCGGUCGCCCUGAGAUGUGACUGUGGUGUUUGUCUGACCAGCACAACUGAAUGUAUAACAGCUGUGUAACACAACCCUGGACAGGCACAAGAUUUUAUUUUUCAUGUUUUUCGCAUUUGCUUUAAGUUGCUGCUGGAUUUCACGUUUGUUUGUUUGAUUAGUUUACAUUGGUUUUUUUUUUUAAGUGGGUUGAGUUAGCCUAUACUUGUCAAUGGGAAGUAUGCAGGCAUAAAAACAUGUUAUGUGGUGUGCAGAAGUAGAGCAAAACAAACGGGCUUGCUAGCAGAAAAGUAUUGCGCUGUGGAUUUCUUUCAGUAUAGCAAACAUUUACCCAAGGUGUUUUUCUUCUGUUGUAAUCGACUUGCCUUUCAGUGUGUUUAUACCAGAUGUGAGCUUGUCCAUGAUCUGAUCAGUUGUAUUAAUAAACUGGGUUUUUUCAGCGUGUUGAAAUUUGAUUUACUUAAAUGAAUACAGUUAUUUGUAUCUUUCAGACUGAAAUCCUUCAGCACCUUAAAUGUGUAGUUUUGAUUGAUUUCUUUAUUUCGAACAUGUAGAAAAAACAAAACAAACAAAGAAACGCUGUAAUUA